AUGUCUUCGAACCCAUCCACUGUGAAUGCUGGCAGGUCUGCGGGCCGGGGCUUUAGCGACCUUCCGCAAGAGGUGCGCAACAGGAUAUACGCGCUUGCCGCGAAUGACAAGCAGCGCCUUAUUGAGCAGCACGUCAGCCGGCGCAGUGUCACAACAACAAGUGAAGCGUUCUGGGCUGCGCGCGGUUACUACAGCUUGACUCAGGCGUCACGACAAACGCGUCGCGAGUUCCGCGAACUGUACUUCAGGGACCGUGCUGUAUCGGUGCACAUUCGCGAUGCGCAAGACUACCUGGAUACCAUUUACCCGUCAUCUGGCGAUUUUGCCGUCGAUCGCAACACCAUCAGCGCCUGGCUCACCAUACGUACUGAUGUCGAACGCCGUGGCAAAUACGAUACACCCAUCGAAAUCCGUCCCCUGCUUUUAAGCCUUUUCCAAACGCCUGGUCUCGAGUACGAGUUUGUGGGCAAGGGAGGCGCGAUCUUCAACGAACUAUUUGUUGGUUAUGAAGCGGAGUGGAAAGCCGCAGUGGAGGGCGUCUUCAAGAGCGUGGAGCUGAAGGAACCGAGCGUAUUCGGUCUGAGGCUAGUACUGAAUCCCAAAAGCACAGUGCCUUGGGUCAAGCAGUGUAAAAUAUCAGUGACAAGGCUACCGCACGUACCAGAGGAUGCAUUGGAGUGGUUCAGUGCACUCGGACUGGACACGGAGAACGACAUGAUCUUCGUGAGGAAAGGUGCGCCGAAGUGGCUGCGCGGCGACUUCAUCAAGGGUUCGAAGUAA